AAACUCCGACCUCCAAACCAUUUUGAAUCGAAGUCAAAACUCAUCAAAAGCUUGAAACGCCGUCGUCCUAAUAUGACUUCCUCCGUUGAAGUAGCACCACCGUCAUCCAGCGCCGUCACCUGUUCCAUAUCCUCCCUCCAUCCAGACAUCUUGGAAACUCAUAUCUUAACACGUUUAGACGGCCCUACUCUGGCCUCAGCUGCCUGCGUCUCCUCCCAACUCUCCUCCCUGACUGCUAAACAAACUCUCUGGACAAACAUUUGCCGCAACACGUGGCCGUCCACCGACACGCCACGUAUUCAACAACUUAUCUCCACUUUCGCCCCUCGCGGCCCCUACUCCUUCUUCUCUAACUCCUUCACUAAUCCCGAACCCGACAUCACCGCCGCCACCAACCUUGAUCGUUACCAUCCAUCAGAGUUAAUCUCAGCGGUUGAUAUUUACUACUGCAACCAGCUCGUUUGUAGUAAAGUUGUCGAAACUGAGACGGAGAGCGGGUGGUUCAUGUGCUCUCCGUUUAGAGUUGACAUAGUUGACCCGAAAAACGCAGUUCCGACACCGAUACCAUAUCCGAAUACGGAGGACACUUGUCGAGAUUUGGAAGAAGAUUUUAUGUUAAGCUGGAUCUUGAUCGACCCAAUUAGAUUUCAGGCGAUGAAUCUAUCGAGUUACAAGGCGGUGAGCGUACAGCGUCACUGGCUAAGUGGAGAAAUUCAAAUCCGGUUCGGUUCGAUUUUAUCGGGCGGUAAAAAGGGGUCGCGUAGUGAGUUAUUGCACUGCGAGAUUGUGGUCACGUGCGGCGGGACCAAGGGAGGGAAUAUGCACUUGAGGGAAGUGAGUUUGCAUGUCGAGGAUAUGGAAGGAGUGCAUCUGACUGGAAAGGAUAGUUUGGUAAUUUUUGGUAGGGGAUUCGAGGGUAAAAGGGGAAACGUGAAGGGGAGGGAAAUGAAGGGAAAGAAAAGGUACGAGGAGUAUAUGGAAAUGAGAAGAGAAAGAAAGGAGAAGAGAUUGAAGACGGAAGGAAAAUUAGAUAUGUUUUGCGUAGCUUGUGGAAUAUUAAUAUUUACUUUUAUUGGGAUUUUUAUUUUUUUGAGAUAAAAUGAAAUCUUGCAUUGUACAUUAUUUUUUCAACUUUUUUUUAAUUAAUCCCUUCGACAGGGAGUGAAGAUAUAGUGACAAAAAAAUAUAUGCAGUUAAAAACUUUGUAAAUUU